AUGUCUGCAUUACUCGAUCAAUCUUCUUCAUCGUCAUCUUCUCCCGCUAUUGCUUCCUCAUCUAUUAUUAUAAAUAACAACGAUCCAAUUGAUAAUAAUAAUAAUAUCAGCCAAGAAUCUUCUACCAAUAAUAACAACAUAUCUUCAAUAUUCUCUUUAUUAAAUCAUCACGAACAAUCCAACAACAACAACAAGAAUGUUACAGAUGAUGUAAAUGUUUCAAGCGAUUCUUCUAAUAAUCAAACUAGCAAUGUUGUUAGUGACAUCACCACAUCUGAUAAUUCAACAGCCAAUUCUUCUUCUCAAUCAUCAUCAACAUCUUCUCAAGAAAACCAUCAUAAUGGUCACUGGAGACGUUAUUCUGAACCAAGCUUAUCGUCAUCAUCUAUUAUUUCUGAUGACAAGAGCCAUGACAACAAUCAAAAUAAUAAUCAAUCAUCACUUGAAUCUGCUACUGCUAUCGACGUUACCCCAUCUACCGAUCUUACAUCACCUAUCGAUGUUACUUCACCUUCUAAUACUGCUGCUGUUGACGAUAAUGGUCAACAAUCGUCACAAAAAGUCAAACGUAAACGUAUCACUCAAGAUCAAUUAAUUGACCUUAUGUCCGUAUUUGAAAAAACUGACACUCCUAGUUAUGAUGUCCGUGAAAAAUUGGCCAAGAAAUUAAAAAUGACAAACAGAGAAGUUCAGGUGUGGUUCCAGAAUAGACGUGCAAAAGCUAAUCGUGCAAAAGCAAAUGAACAUAAUGCUUCUCAACAACAUCAUCGUUUCUUACAUCAUCAUUCGGUUACUGCUACUCAUCAUACUGCUAACGGUCAUCAUGGUCGUAAUAAUCGUCGACAUUCUUACGCACACCCUCCCUCCUCCUCACAUUCACCUUCUGUCACAUCAUCACAUAAUAAAAUAACUACUCAACAUAAUCAUAAUCGUACUAGACCAAGAGCAUCAACUCAGUGGCAACAAUAA